UGUCAAAACGUUCACACUUCACAAUUCACACAAUAUGUUUCGAUUACGGUGAUAAAUAAUUAUUUAUGAAUAGAAAUUAUAAAUUAAUAGUGUAGUAGGGAAUGCGUUUAACAAAAUGUCCGAAGAAGAGAGUGUUGAUAUUGAACAAGAACUCGACGAACUCCUGACGAACGUGCAACCCAACUUACAAGAUGUAUUUAAAAGAGGCUUUACCAAUGUAGCGCUUCAACAAACUAAGAAUGGAGAACAAUUAAAACCGGACACCCUCGCUGACACCUCAUAUUUUGCCAAAAAUACACAAGUCAAUCUAUCAAGGUUAGAACUUGUUAAGUCACCAACAUUCCACGUCCAAACUUUAUCCUUAGACCUGAAGUCAAUGAGCAUGGCUGUACGUUGUUCACUCGGCGAAGUGAAUAUAAGAGGAUUGUAUAGUGCCUAUAAUGAAAAUCUCUAUAACCUCAUUCCUGUAAUGGCAGAUGGACAUGUAGUAAUAUCAUUAUCAAACAUGACUGCAGAUGUGAACAUUGGCUUGGUGAUUGAAGACGACGCCUUCUCGUUCAUCAAUCCAGGAAUAGACUUCACUCAUGAUGAGGUCCUUGUAAAGCUUUCGUGGCCAUCACCUCAAAGAAACGGCGGCUAUGAAUUCGUCACCACGGAGCAACUGGCCAAACACAUAGACGACUUGCCGCUGACGGCCGCGAUAUCGUUGCCCCUGUACGCGCUUCUACGUGAUAAGCUACAGCGACAUCUGGCGGUGGUCUUGCGGCAAGCCACGAGCGUUUCGGAGCUGGUCUCCUGCAAUCCUUGUUUAUAUGAGGCUUAUAGUGCAAUGGUGGACAGUCUAGCAGAGAAUGGUAAUAGAAUUGUGGACAUGAUCCUCAUCAACAUGAGGAGAACAUUGCUACAGAACUGUCGAGAAGUUCUAGAGCUCCCGCCAUUACACGCCAUGUUUAUGCAUAAGAUAGGAUCAGUGUCGUUUGUCGGUAAGUUUGAAACGGACGCGGGUUGGGUGAAGAAUCUAGCUACAAUAAACAGGAUAAACGAUGUCAGUGUGACCAGACGUGAUCCUGCCAAGACUAGCUUUCACGUCACUUUGAGGAUUAAGGACCUGCAGAUCGGUUACGACGAAUACCGCAUUAAAGCGAUGGGCGUGUCCUGCUCCGGCAGACUCGCGGCCGCCUUCAACUCUUGCUCCCUGCACCUCGCCGUCACCAUAGGCCUGGCCCAAACGGAACCGUACGCGCAACUCGACGACCUAACGCUACAGAGCAUGGACAACAUGGAUCUCCACGUGACCGGGCUGGGUCCGCUGAGCGGGCUGAGCGGGGCGGUGGGGGCGCGGGCGCGGGGGGCGGGGGUCGCACACGCCGCGCCCGCGCUCUCCGCGCAGCUGCACCACGACGCUAGAAUCGCGCUCGCCGAACUACCGCUCUACCAUCUCCUGCACGGGAAACAAUACGACAACUAUGUAAACUGACUUACACGAGUUGCAUGAAGCCGUCCAACGAAGCCAACGAUAACUAUAAAGGCUUCGUCAAACAGAACGCGUCCUUAACGCGCGUCAGUACGCUAAACUGACGGCGCGCUAUAACGCCGAGAUGUGUUGUACUACUAUGGUAAUAUACUGCCAAACAGAGCACCAGCGCUAUAAGUACGCAGCGAUCUGUCGCGGCGUUAGGACGCAAUGACGUCAGACGUUGUAAUUGUUUACAAAUUUUAUUUUAGCAUCUGUGUGAAUGUGUAGUAAAAUACUGGAUAAUGCCCGAAAAAUUUAUAGAAUUAGCUAGAAAAUACCCACGCUUAUACAAUGCCACAUCUGAAUCACUCGACAUCUUAACACUUAAAUUUUCAGACUGCUAUAUAAAGGCACUAACUAUGUUUUGGCGUAUGUUACGUUGCGUCAAGGAGCGUUACGCUCAUCUAGUCAAUUUGUAUGACAUGAAAAGAGCGCGACGUUAAAACGCAACGCUAAGUACGCGUUCUGUUUGACGAAGCCUUAACGUUGAAGUGAAAACUUUUUUAGCGACACUAAAAAGAGACAAACUUGUACAUCUAUAGGAUUUAGCGUGCGAGAGAAUGAGAUGAAACAUAUCUGAACGUGUCACUUCUACUUCGUGUGAAAGGCACACACGUUUUUUUUAUAUUUCACGACCCACCUAGGCUUGAGUGGUUACGUGGUAAAAAUGAAAUCGUUUGUCGAUUCUAGUUAAUAAAAAAAUGUUUUUGCCGAAUUUAUUAAUUAGUCGAAUCUAAUUGUUUUUACUUUUAUCAUUUCUGACGUAAGUAUUUAUAUAUAAGAGAAAAAAUGAAGGAAUAUUUCAAUAAUGUUAAUUCAAUUCGGUAUUCAAGGUAUGUAUAUGCUUUCUCGUAGCAAUAACACUGAUAUUAUAUAAUAUAAAUUCCUAAAAGAUAUUAAAUUGAGACUAAUUGGAUGCCAUUAUAUUUUUAAAAUAUUGGAUGCGUAAAAUUUAUAUUAGAUAUUCAUUUUACUUUUUUUACUAUGUUUAUAUACAAUGAAUAUAAACCCAAAUCAUCACAUAAUUAAAUUAUUGUCAUUGUGACUGAGCAAAGCAAUAUACAAUGUUUUUAUUUGUAAAUUUUGAAUGUUGUUUUUUAUCGUUACACGUAAUUAUAUCGGUUGUGAACGCAUUUGUAUUUCCGAGACUGUUGUAUUUCUGUAUUUAUUUUAUAUUAUAUGAAUGUGUUAUGUUGUAUUA